AUGAACUUGUUCCUUGAGGCAGUGAGAGACAGCAUCCCCUACAGACUGACACAGAGAGUAAAGCUGAAGAAGUUAUUUCUGCAACAUAAUUGCAUUCAAACUAUUUCAAGGAAAGCAUUUUUUGGAUUAUACAAACUUCAGAUAUUAUAUCUCAGUCAUAACUGUAUCACCAGUCUGAGACCUGGGAUAUUCAGAGACAAAUUGAAAUGGCUAAUUCUAGAUGGUAACCCAAUAGCGAAAAUUUCACAGCAGCUAUUUCCUGGGCUAAAGUCUUUGUUUUUUAUGUAAUGUCUUCCUUUUAUGAUAAACAAAUCACUUGAGGCCUUUCCCAGGAAAAUGUGUACUGAAAUGCCUUUUAUUAACUGGAUGGAUUUUGAAGGCAAUCGUAUCAAGACCUUAACUAAUACCACCUUACUGGAAUGUGAUGCACUCACAGUACUUUUUCUUUGUGGAAAUCAAAUUUGUUUUGUGCCUGAAAAGACAUUUUCUUCAUUAAGAGAUUUGGGAGAACUGGACCUCUCCAACAACUUAAUUACAGAAUUACCACAUUAUAUUUUUGAAGAUCUGAAACAUUUACAAAAACUUAACUUGUCUUGCAAUCCACUUUCUCAGCUGUAUGGGGAUCAGUUUGACAGUCUUCAACAACUUGAGUCUUUAGACCUGGAAACUACAGAGGUUCCAAAUAUAAAGUCAAGAAUGUUUCAGUCCCUGAAGAACCUUUCCUACAUCUAUUUCAAAAAUUUUCCGUAUUGUUCCUAUGCACGCCAUGUGCAAAUGUGCACACCAUUAACAGAUGGGAUUUCAUCAUUUGAGAACCUCUUGGCUAAUGUUCUUAGAGUAUUUGUCUGGGUCAUAGCUUGUGUUACCUGUUUUGGGAAUCUUUUUGUCAUUGGAAUGAGAUCAUUUAUCAGUGCUGAAAACAAGACGCACACCACGUCUAUCAAAAUGUUGUGUUGUACUGAUUGUCUGAUGGGAGUGUACUUCUUCUCCAUUGAAGUCUUUGACAUUAAAUACUGUGGAAAAUAUAAAAAAUAUGCUGUGCUGUGGAUGGAGAGUUUACCAUGUCAUAUCAUGGGUUUCCUGGCCAUGUUUUCUACAGAGGUCUCUGUCUUGUUGUUGACAUAUCUGACUUUGGAAAAAUAUUUAGUAAUUGUCUUUCCCUUCAGUAAUAUCUGACCAGGAAAGCAUCAGACAAUAAUAAUCCUUGUAUCCAUAUGGUUUAUUGGAUUUGUAAUAGCAAUAAUCUCAUUUUGGGAUGAGGAUUUUUUUGGAAAUUAUUAUAGAAAAAAUGGAGUUUGUUUCCCACUUUAUUCUGAUCAAACAGAAGAAAUUAGAGGCAAGGGGUAUUCUCUUGGGAUUUUUCUUGGUGUGAACCUACUAGCAUUCAUCAUAAUAGUGUUUUCAUAUGUCAGUAUAUUUUACUCCAUUCAAAAAACUGCCCUUCAGACAUCAGAAGUAAGAAGCAACAUUCACAUGGAUGCUUCUAUGUACUUCAUACCAAAAGAAAAUGCUGAUUAUCUUCUAAAGUUCUGUAUUUCAUUGUGAUUUUUUCUAGGCACUGUCACUUUCUGGAUAGUGAUAUUUAUUCUGCCAAUAAACAGUGCCUUAAACCCAAUUCUUUACACUCUCACCACCACUUUCUUUAAGGAGAAGUUAAAGCAGUUACUGCAGAAACAUCGAAGGAGGUCAGUUUUCAAAAAUGACAGAAAAAGCUUGGCUACUUCAAUAGUAUGGACAGAUGAUUCCUUAAUUCCUGCCUCCUCUCUUAGACUUGGAUUUUUAAACAAAUAA